AUGGCCUCGGCGCCCACCCCGCCGUCCCCGCUGCUUGUGCGGGUGUCUGAGCCCCGGCCCCGGAUGAGCAGAAAGUUGGAGAGCUACUUCCAGAAACGGUGCUCGGGUGGCGGGGAGUGCACGGUGCGGGCCCUGGACGAGAACGUCUUCCGGGUAGAGUUCCGAGAACGGGCAGCUAAGGAGCGAGUGUUGAAACAAGGACAGCAUCAACUGUUUGUUGAAGGCAACUGUGUGAGCAUUUUCCUAGAAUCCACUGAAAAUCCAGUAGAGAAUACAAAUCAGAGAAUACCCCUGUUGAUACCAUCAGGAUCAGGGGCAUUGGCCAAUGGGAAGCAUCCUGAUGAAGAACUUUUUUCUAACACUGUGGAUUCCUGUGUGCCAGAGAUCUUUCUUGCUGUAACAGCUGACCUGAACUGUAAUCUGUUUUCCAAAGAGCUGAGGGAACAUAUAACCACUCUCUGCCCCAAUGUCAAAAAAAUGGAAGGUCUUAAUGGAAUUGAGAAGGUGUGUGGUGACUUCAGAGAUAUUGAUAAAAUUUAUAAGUUCUUGAGUGAGCAACUGCUGGAGAGUGACCAGAUCUAUGAAUCUUCCCCUUUAACAACAGAGAAGGAACCCUGCAGUCAGCAGGACAGGAACAGCCACAUUUCUCCUGAACCACAAACCAGGAAAGAAGCAAAAAGUGACCCCUUUGAAGUUUCCUUGCCUUUCUUUGAAUACUUCAAUUAUACUUGCCCUGGUACAAUUAAUUUGAUAGAGAAAAAAUUUGGCAUAAAUAUCAUCGUUCAGCCAAGUUCUCCAAAUAUGAUCUCUUUAGACUUCACUUCAAAUCAAUCAGAAGACCUAGAAGCUGCUCGUGAGUGUUUUGCCUGUGAAUUCCAGAAGAACACGGCAUCUCUGAAGCAGGAGAAUGUCUAUUUAACAGAAAUUCAGUGGGCAGAUGAAAUCAAACAGGAAUUAAGCCACCAGUUUAAAAAGCUCCUUAUAAAAGGACAAGGAAGAGAAUUGAUUCUCCUAGGUCCCCAAGAUGAUAUUUUGGCUGCCAAACAUUUUAUCUCCAAAAUCUCUGUAAGUCCUGCUAUGAUCCCUGUGAAAAUAUCAGCUCCCAAUGGCAUGAAGACUGGACUUGAGGUUGAUACUGCUCACUAUAAGCUUUUAGAAGCUGAAUUACUACAGGAGAUAUCAGCGAUAGACAAAAAGUACAACACUUGCAGCAGGACUUUUAGCAAAACAAAGGACGCUCAGAAAACCUGUAUUUUGUUUGAAUCCAAGGACAAGGACAUCGAUCUGUCUGUGCAUGCGUAUGCAAAUUUCAUCGAUGCCUAUCAACAUGUCUCAUGUCAACUGAUGAAAGAAGUUCUUUCACGGAAAGCCUUGGGCCAGGGACAAAAACGCUUACAUGGGACUAAGGUCACUGAUGACUUUGAAAAAAAGCAUCCAGGUAUACACUUGUCAUUAACUCAAGAGUCAGUAGCUCUAACUGGUUUGCCAAAGCACCUCUCAAAGGCAAAGCAGUAUUUCUUAAAGAGAGAGAAAUCGAAUGAACACCAUGAGACACCUAUUGAUAGUAAUGAUUCAAAAACAGCCUCACUUCCAUUCAAGGAAUCUGCCAGUUCUGCUGCCUCAGGAGUGGAUCAGGAGGACAAGGACACAUGUCCCAUCUGUAUGGACACCAUUACUGAGAAGAAAGUGCUUCCAAAUUGCAAGCAUGAAUUCUGUGCCGUUUGUAUCAAAAAAGCCAUGUCAAUGAAGCCAGUCUGUCCAGUGUGCCUGACCUUCUAUGGUGUCCAGAAAGGGAAUCAGCCAGAUGGAGUCAUGGAUGUUUAUCAGAUACCAUCAUGUCUUCCAGGUUUUCAAUCCUGUGGCACCAUUGUGAUUAAAUAUACAAUGAAAGGAGGCUUUCAAACAAAAGAUCACCCAAAUCCAGGAAAAAAAUAUAUAGGAGUACAUCGUACGGCAUACUUGCCUGAUAAUGAGGAAGGAAACAAGGUUUUGAAACUGCUUCGUAAAGCCUUUGAGCAAAAACUGAUCUUCACAGUGGGACAGUCUCGAACAACAGGAGCCUCAGAUGUCAUUACAUGGAAUGAUAUUCACCACAAAACGUCGGUGACAGGGGGACCUCAAUGUUAUGGCUACCCUGAUCCUGCUUACCUGAACCGUGUCCAAGAGGAGCUGAAAGCUAAAGGAAUUGUGGAUAUAUAA